UGAUUAUGAAAUAUCACCAGUACAAAACUUUGACCAUAGUUAUUUGGAUACUCCGGCAUCAUCCCGAUAUGAGGGCAACCACAUUGAUGAAUUAGAAUCGAGAAAAUACUUAGGUGGUGGUCAACAACAUAGUGUUAGCUCGUUUGAUCAAUUAUCUACAAACACGUCAUUUUCGAAUGAAGAAAUGAGUAUUAGCAAGGAUACUACCCCAUCUCUGAAGAAACCUAAAAAGAGAAGUAUAUUCCCAUUCAGCAGAGGCAAUAUCAAGGGAACAAUUUUAGAGAACAGUACAGAUGACUUGGAGAGUACAUCAACUGUAGUUGCCCUGGGUCCACCACCUUUACCACAGCAACAACCAGGCGACGUUUCCAUGCAGCAUUAUUUGAACCAAUUGAGUCUUGAUGCUGAUGUAGCCAAAUCUAUUUUUGGAAGAAAUGUUGAAGUUGCAUAUGAAUUAUCCAAUCAUGAUUUUAUGGGGAGACAAAUCCCUAGCAUAUGUUAUAGAUGUCUUGAUUAUUUGAAUAAAACUGGAGCAAUUUUUGAAGAAGGUAUCUUCCGAUUAAGUGGUUCUGCAUCGACUAUCCGUCAAUUAAAGGAUCAAUUCAAUACGCAAUACGAUUUGGAUUUGUUAAAGUGUGCCUUAAAACCAGAUAUUCACACUGUUGCCGGCUUGUUCAAGUCGUACCUUCGAGAAUUACCAAAUCCAAUCUUGGGAUUGAAUGCUUAUUCCCAUUUGAAUGGGGUAAUUUUGCAUAAUACGUCGUCAAUGCCUCCAUCGUCAAUUGCUGCAAUCUUUAGAGAUUAUUUCAAUGAUCCAGAGAAUGUUGAUAAGAUUCAUUAUGAUAUAACUUAUGUGAUUUUCAAAUUUUUGAGACAAGUGAUUAGUCAACAUCCAAUUAAUAGGAUGAAUUUAAGAAAUGUCUGUAUUGUGUUUGUUCCCACCUUGAAUAUAUCAUUGGAAGUAUUGAGUACAUUCUUGGUUGACUUUGAAUGUAUUUUUGAAAAUGGGAAGCCGAUCCUGGAUGCCAAUCGAGAAGUUUUGGAUGUUAAUAUUCCUAAUUUCUAGAAACUAUUUAUGACUGUUUUUAUUCUUUUUUUUUAAUGAAGUUUGUCGUUGUAUUAUUUUAUAUUUUAGUUCUUGGGUAGAUUUCGAAAUGUACGUAUUAAUAUGUGUUACAGUAAUAGAAGAGAUUCUAUG